AUACGGAAGCCAAACAGGAAGCAAAGGGGAAUAUCACGUGGCUGAAGCCCCAGAACCGACGCUUUCCUUUCUCGUUUGCCCUUUUCCCUCGCCCCCUCCCCAUCACGUGACCCGGUUUGUUGUUGUUGCGGCCCUGCGCUGGGCGGCUGCCCGCGUGGGCGUCGGCGAGGUCACGUGCCGCGUUUAAAUCUCUCCCUGAGGUGGGGGAGGGGGACUGUCUUUUCUGUCUAUCGCGGAGGCGCCGCUGAGAGUAGCCGCCGCCGCCGGCUCGGCCGAGACAGGGGUGGGGGAGGGAGCGGUUGCUCCUGCUCCAAGAUGGCGGACGGGCAGACGCCGCUCCUCCAGCCCCGCAGUGGCGGCCGCAGUGGCAGCAAUGACGCCGCGGCAAGUGCCACAGAAAGUCCCGAGCCGGCUUUCAAGCGCCAGCGGCGGGCCUCCACUGACAACGGCGGGCCGGUCAGCGCAACUGCGAAGGGAACCUGCGGAAAGGCAGAGACGGCGCCCUUCAAAGCAAGCGCCGCCGAGGAGGCCUGCCAGGAGGAGAAGGAGACGGCUGAGUCUGGCGAGACGGCCGCCGCGGUGGGAGGCGGAGCAGAAGGAUGGCGGGGCGGCGGGGCGGACAAUGGUCCACGGCGGUGGGGCCUGGCCCGAGAGGAGCCGCCGCCGUCGCCGCCCCAACUACAGCAGCGGCCGUGGCUGAGCCAGGGGGAGGGAGCGAAGGCGGCGCCCGCCAGAGACGCAGCGGAGACGGCCAUUGGCUGCGGGUCGGCGCAGUGUUCAAACGGUGUCGCGGAGGCGGCUCCGCAGCCCGAUAAUAUCCUCUUUGGUGAUGAAAUUAUUGCGAAUGGCUUCCAUUCCUGUGAAAGCGAUGAAGAUGAUAGAGCUUCUCAUGCAAGCUCCAGUGACUGGACUCCAAGACCACGUAUAGGUCCCUACACUUUUGUCCAACAACAUCUCAUGAUUGGUACAGAUCCACGUGCAAUUCUGAAAGACUUGUUGCCAGAAACCAUCCCUCCCCCUGAACUGGAUGAUAUGACUUUAUGGCAAAUUGUUAUUAAUAUUCUGUCAGAACCUCCUAAAAGAAAAAAGCGAAAAGAUAUUAAUACUAUAGAGGAUGCUGUGAAACUCCUACAAGAGUGCAAAAAAAUAAUUGUCUUGACUGGAGCUGGGGUAUCUGUUUCUUGUGGAAUUCCUGACUUCCGAUCAAGAGAUGGUAUCUAUGCACGACUUGCAGUUGACUUCCCAGAUCUUCCUGAUCCUCAAGCAAUGUUUGAUAUUGAAUACUUCAGGAAAGAUCCAAGACCAUUUUUUAAAUUUGCAAAGGAAAUAUAUCCUGGACAGUUUCAACCAUCUCUCUGUCAUAGAUUCAUAGCUUUGAUGGACAAAGAAAGAAAAUUGCUUCGCAAUUAUACUCAGAACAUAGAUACCUUGGAACAAGUUGCAGGAAUUCAAAGGAUAAUCCAGUGUCAUGGGUCCUUUGCAACAGCUUCUUGUCUCAUCUGUAAAUACAAGGUUGAUUGUGAAGCUGUUCGAGGAGACAUUUUUAAUCAGGUUGUUCCUAGAUGCCCCCGGUGUCCACCUGAUGAACCACUUGCCAUUAUGAAGCCAGAAAUAGUGUUCUUUGGUGAAAAUCUGCCUGAGCAGUUCCACAGGGCCAUGAAAUAUGACAAAGAUGAAGUUGAUCUUCUUAUUGUUAUUGGUUCUUCACUUAAAGUAAGACCAGUAGCAUUAAUUCCAAGUUCCAUCCCCCAUGAAGUGCCUCAGAUCCUAAUUAAUAGGGAACCAUUGUCUCAUCUACACUUUGAUGUGGAGCUUCUUGGUGACUGUGAUGUCAUCAUCAAUGAAUUAUGUCAUAGGUUAGGUGGUGAAUAUACAAAACUUUGUAACAGUUCAGUCAAACUUUCAGAAAUAACUGAGAAACCUCCACGAAUGCACAAAGAACUGGAAAUACAUUCAGCAGAGUUGCCACCUACUCCUCUAAACAUUUCUGAAUAUUCUAGUUCACCUGACAGAAUUGCACCGCAAGAUUCUCGGGAACACUUGGAGCAUUCUUCCGAAUGUAAAGCAGGAAAUGUUGAUCCUGCCUUGGAGUCGAAAGAGAACUGUGCAGAAGAGAAAUUGCAGGAAGUACAAAAUUCUUUAGAAAAUGUUGAAAAUCUUUCUGAUCAGUUAGAAAACCCAGAACAUACAAAAGAAAAUGGAUCUAACCAAGGGGAAAACAAAGAAAGAAGUGAAAGAACUUCAGCAGUUGAAACACUGAGAAAAUGUUGGAUUAAUAGAUGUGCAAAAGAGCAGAUUAGUAAGCGGCUUGAUGGAACCCAAUACUUGUUUUUACCACCAAAUCGCUACAUUUUCCAUGGUGCGGAGGUAUAUUCGGAUUCUGAAGAUGAUGUCCUGUCCUCCAGCUCUUGUGGAAGUAGCAGUGAUAGUGGUUCCUGUCAUAGUCCAAGUUUAGACAUAGAAGAUGAAAGUGAAAUUGAAGAAUUCUAUAAUGGUAUAGAAGAAGAAGAUGCUCCUGAGAGAGAAGAGGAGAAUGGUUUUGGGGAAGAGGGAAUUGAGCCAGCUUCUGUAAAUGCGUCUGUAGAACUUGACCGUACAGCAGACAAGUUGUAAAGUAAUUACGGACUGGCUUGAGGAAUUUUUCCACCAGCAUUAGCAGUUUUCGCAUGUCAGAAUGAAUGUGUACUUAAUUUAGCGCAAGGAAAAUGUAACGUUUAUAAACAACUAGAAUAGAUUUUCAUGCAUAGUUUUCUAACUUUUCCAAUCAAAUUCUAUAAAGGCACACUCAACACUAAUCUCUUUUGUGUUUUGAAUUUUGAAGAAGGUACUAAGUAUCUUUUUACUGACACUGCAUUUGCUCUUAAAUUCAUCUGUGUGAUCUCUCUGUGUGUAUAUAUACAGUAUUUUUGCUUAACAAAUUUCAGCCUAUUUUAUUUUUGAACAGUUUGAAAAAGCCAUUGGAAUGUUAAUCUAAUAUAAAGGGAACAGCUAAUCUAGACCAAAGAAUGGUAUUUUUCACGCUUGUUUUGCUAUGUAACACGAUUUGGUUGAUUUAAAAUCUAUUUGUUUCUCCUGUUACUGCAUAAUCUGUUUAAACACUGGUAUUUCCCCAAAGUUACAAUGGCAGCUAUUUAUUUUGGAGUUUUUUACAUUACUCUUCAUGGUAAGAUGCAUGUGAAUAUAUUGAAAGUUAAUUAGGCACCAUAGUGAGCACCUGAAUAUCCCCAACUACUUAGAUUAUUAGAAAAUGCUUUUUAAAAAUCCUGUGGAUAUGUAAUAGUACCAAUUGGCUUGCAAAAUUGUAGCAAGGAAGUGUUCAGUUAAAUAAGAAAUAAUAAAAAAAAUUAGGUUUUUAGGUUUGACAUUAAAUGUGAUACAUGGUACAGAAAAAUAAUAUACAUAAAUGUUGUAUACAAGAGAGUUUAUGUACUGCCAAGAUGUGAAUAUGCAAAUAUAUGGAAGGUGUAUAUAUAAUCUGAAUACUGAGCAAAUUCUACCCAAGCACAAAACUGCUUCUAUACUUUUCAAUUCCUUACACAAACAUUUGUAAGAAGCUGCUUAAAGCUUCCAAUAUAAUAAAAACCAAUUUAAACAUAACUUAUAAAUAUACUGCUUGAGGGACUUGCAAUCUUUGUUUUGAAGAACCCAGUACCACUUGCUGGUAGAGUGUUAUAUGAAAAGCAGCUACUGAAACUGGUCCCAAUACUGCCUCAAGACAGCCUUUAAAAUGGAUGUCACACAUGGUUUCCAGCUGCAGAUUGUUUCCAUUCUUCAUAAUCAGUUUCCUAAUUAUGCAUUAAAUAGUAAGUUUUUGCAUUUCUUCUUGAAACAAUGUUUCAACUGUCCCAGAGAGCUCUACCACUUAUCAGUCAUAUGUAUUGCUUUAGUAUUUAUUCCAUUUUGAAAUAUGUAUAGUUACUGUCCUCUUAAACAAAAUACAUCUGUAACACAGCAUAGUAAAGUGUUAAGAAUGGCCUUCUGUGUUAAUCUAAAAAUGUUGGCAUGCUUUCUCAUGGUUCAGGUUCUGAAAAACAUAACUUACUGGGCUACACUAAAGAAUGCAAUAUGUUUGCUUUGCUUGCAUGUCAAAAUGUAUUUGUGCUAUAGGAGAUAUUUUAAAUGAGAGAAAUUUUGUUUUUAAAUUAUUUUUACAGUGUGGGUUGUUUUCUGCUUUUAUAUUGUAUAUAGUGUCUUUUAUGUAACCAACUGGCAAAAUGUUUUGUAGAAGACUGUUUUAAAAUGACUGGCGCUCUUCCUGCAACUUUUGAAAUACAAAACCAGUGUUUUAUACUCGUACAGUCUGUUUUAAAGUCUAUUAAAUUGUCAUUUAACUUUU